UAUUUUUUAUUAAAAAAAAUUCCUCCAUUUGGAAAAUGCAAUUAAGUAGAGUUUUUAGGAACACGCAGAUACUCCACGACACCAUUUGUAUGUGUCAAUUGGGCUCUGCGCUUCGUACUGAACGGACGUAUUUAGAGCUGUGACAAAAUCUUUAUUUUUCUUGCUAAUCUUCGGAUUUUUUCUUAUUUUUUCUUGAUUUUUUUUCAGAGGGAUUUCUGCUGGGUAUUGUGGGAAUUUUUUUUUAUUUCUUGAGGUCCUUUAAAUAGGAUUAAUUUGGAUUCCUUUUUCAGUGACUUGGUCGAGUGCUACGGCGCGACUGAGCCAAUUUUUUUGAUUUGCAUUAGUAUUGGUGAGGGUUUGAUAGUAGGAAAGUGAAUUACGGGGACUCUGUCUGUGUGUUAGGCACAGAGAAGAGAUGACGGGAGAGAUGGGUGAUCCACCAGACCCUGGUGGAUCGAGUGCGAUGGAUAUGGAUAUGGAGGGAGAUGAGCGUAAUGAGCAUGCGCAUUUAAUCGAAGUCGCGGGAGAAAAUGUGAAUGGUGGGGGUAUUGCCACUGGGGCAAUCCCCAAGGAGAAAAGAGUGAGAUCAGAUGGGGAGACUGUGGCUAGAGUGAGAAAGUAUGCUGAAGGAGCUGCAGCUCCAUUUAUUGUAUACGUGCGUGCGAAAAACAAGAACAGCAUGUCUAUCUGUCGGGUCUCAGGUGCUCUCUUUGCGAAGUAUGUGGGUAUUGAAAACAUUGAUCCCGUGAAUCGAGAUAAACUUAAGGUAAAUAUGACUUCCAGGGAUGAUGCUAAUAAGCUGGUUGAGGAUAAAGAUUUUUGCGAGAAAAACUUUGUUUAUAUACCAGCCAACAGGGCUGAAGUCAGCGGUAAGAUCUUUAUGAAUGAUUGUGAAGAUACGAGUUGCUUUGUUUCUGAAGGCUAUGGGAUUCUCAAUGGUGAUACUAGGGAGAUAAAAGUUGUUGAUGCCCAUCGACUCAAGAAGAAGGUCGUUGAAAAUGAUAAGACGAGGCUUAUCUCUACACCUUUUGUACGCAUUGUCUUUGCCGGUACCACCCUUCCUGAUUACGUCAUAGUCAACAAACUGAGGAUUCCAGUGCAGGCGUAUGCUCCUAAGAUUUUUGAAUGUAACAACUGUCUAAGGUUGGGACAUACAGAAGCCCGAUGUGGUGCCAGGAAAAGAUGUGAAAAAUGUGGUUUAAUCCAUAACGAGGGAGAGGACUCAGUGGGGUGCACAGGGGAGGGUAGUUUUCGCUGCCCCAACUGCCGGUUGCUUUACGCGAACAAAGUUCAUAAAUGCCCUAAGAUUAAGGAUGUUAAGGAUAGAGCAGUCACUCGUGCCAUCACUAAUAGGGAUAAUGAAAGAAAUGGACCGUCUAAUAACGAAUCCCGCAACGUGCCUCGUAGGCAGGAGAGGCGUAACAAUGGACAGAAAGCAAGAGUCAACAAUACAAAUGAAGUCCAGAAUAUCCCUACGAAAAAUCGUUUUGGGGCUCUCGGUGACCAAGAUGAGGAGUCAGAAGUGGGUGAGAUAUAUGACGUGUCGGAGACUGCGGAUUCUGAGAUGGACGAGGAAGAGUCCAUGGAUGAAGGGUGGCAAGGGGCAGCUGCUAUGCCCCGCAAAAGGAAAAAUAGCGAUCGGCAAGACGAUAACGCAUGGUUUGGUUUGGCUGAUGAGCAAGGUAGUGCGCGGGUCAAAAGGGGUAGACAAAUUACUCCUCCAACGGCACCAGGACCCAAGAAGAAGUUGCCGCCGCCAGUGAUGCCGAGAGAUAGUGCUAUGAUGAGUGAUAUUUCGAACUUUGGGUGGAAGGAUGUGGUGUUGCUGCUGUUAAGGAACUGUGGGAUGAGUAAGAACUGUAUUGCCAUGAUAGAAAACUUUGUACUUCCGUGUAUUGAAAAUAUGUUAGGACAGAUGCUGGUUAAAAAACUGAAAAAGUCUCGAAAACAUCAUGGAUCUAGUCGUAACUAAUGAACUGAGGGUCCUUCAGUGGAAUAUUAAUGGAAUCCGGUCUAAGCUUCAGGAUAUUAGUAUUUUGUGUAAUCGUAAACGUGUUGAUGUAUUGCUACUUCAGGAAACGAAAAUCACUCCUAGGUGUAAUAUCAGGAUCCCUGGUUAUACUCUGUUUAGAAAUGAUAGAACUAAUUGGGGCGGAGGUGUUCUUGUGGGUGUGCAUAGAAGGUUUAGGUCUACCCGUGUUGACCUACUGGAUGAACUGAAUACUGCAGCAGAGAUGGUCGCUGUUUUGGUACACGUGAAUGGUGGGGUCAAUUUGUUUUGUUCUGUAUAUAUCCCGCAUACUUCCCCGAUUAGAUAUGCGGAUUUAAAUAGAAUAUGGCAUCCUGGCGUUGAAAAAUUCUUUAUGGGUGGGGAUUUCAAUGCACAUAAUGUGCUUUGGGGCUCCUCUGUGACCGACGGUAGAGGUAGCACUUUGGGUGACUGGUGUGACGAUAAGGACCUUGUAAUUUUAAAUGAUGGGAGAAUAACAAGAAUAGCAUGUCCCCCAGCAGCUGGUAGUGCUAUAGAUGUCUCAUUUAUUUCUCGUGAAUCGGCGCUCGAUUGGACGUGGGAAGUUCUUGGUGAUAGUCUGGGGAGUGAUCACAUUCCUAUAAUUGCAACUUGGUCUAGUCCUAACGGCAACAUGUCUGCUAAUAUAGAGCCUCAGGUGACACAGUUUCGCGAAGCCCGUACGGAUUGGAGGAAAUACAGAGUAUCAGUUUCCCGGGGUGUGGCUGCACUGAAUGACCCUUCUUCAGAGGUGCGCCUCCAAAAGUUUAAUGAUCUGCUGUUGUCUGCGGCCGCUGGGGCUCAAAAUGUCAGGGGAUCGCCUAACUCCAAUAGCAGAAGAAAUGGGUCUUCUGUCCGUUUCAGGAAUCACUGCUGGUUCGACGCCGAAUGUGAAGCUGCGUGGAAUAGAAGGGCUGAUGCUUUCCACGUAUUUUGUAUCUCUGGAACGAGACAGGACUUCAUGGUGUAUAAGCGUUUAAACGCGGUUGCCAAGCGCCUGUUCCGUAGAAGGAGGACUGAUAGUUGGCGUACCAGAUGUGAGGGAUUCUCAGACAGCACAUCUCUGAGGGAACUGUGGAACAUGGCUAAAGCCUUUAGAGGCCAAGCUAGAAGUUGCAGUCCGGGAUUGAGUGUGGCGGAACUGACUGAAUUUGCUGAUAAAUUGUCACCGCCUUUUGUUUGUAGGCCCUUUUCAGAACUGGUGCCGAACUGUGAACGGGUAAGCAAUAGUGGGAUGAGGUGGUGCGACUUCUCUAUAGACGAACUCAAUGAGGCAAUUGAUGAAACUAAGAAUAAAGCUGCUGGCAAUGAUGGGAUCAAAGCUAGCCUCUUGAAAAACCUACCCAGGGAGGGAAUUACAUUUUUACUUGGUCUGUUUAACGAAUUUCUUACAAGUGCCGAAGUACCAGUUUCAUGGCGUACAGCCAAAGUAGUCGCCGUUAAGAAACCUGGGAAGGAUGGCAGUCUAAUUUCACAUUACAGGCCUAUUUGUAUUCUAUCUUCUGUAAGAAAGAUUUUUGAAAAAAUGAUUAUGCGUAGGUUAGAGAAUUGGGUUUCUUCAAAUAGACUUAUUCCACAUUCACAAAUGGGGUUUCGCAAAGGAAUGGGUACCCUCAAUUGUCUGGCCGAUCUGCACGUUAAAAUCCAAUCAGCAGGGUCUGGAAAAAAGCCUUUAGGUUGUUUAUUUCUUGAUGUUGCGUCCGCAUAUGACGGUGUUUUGGUAGAUUUACUUCUCCAGGACAUGCUGACUGUGGGUCUUCCUUUUAGCAUCUGCGUCUUACUGAGUAACCUACUGGGGGAAAGAAAGCUUGAUUUUUAUUGUGGGAAUAAUAAAAUUUUGUCUCGCACAGGGUACCUGGGUCUACCCCAAGGAUCAGUCCUUUCCCCUAUGUUCUAUAAUCUCUACGUAAGGGAUAUAGAAGAAAUAAUACCAGAAGGGUGUUUCAUACUUCAGUACGCUGAUGAUAUUGCUAUUGGAAUAGCACAUAAAGAUCCUUGCGUCAUACAAGACAACUUGACAUUGGCAUGCGAAAGGAUUCAAGAUUUUCUUAACAAGAGGGGGCUUUCCAUCUCUAUUCAGAAAUCAGCUUUUGUCCUGUUCACGGGUAAACAUAGACCUCCAAGUAUCUCCGUUCUAUGCGAUGGUGAAGUGAUUCCCACAGUCAGGGAGUUCAAAUAUCUGGGUGUUAUAUUUGACGCGAAGUGUAGGUGGGCCAUACAUAUUCGUAGUAUUGUUGAGAAAUGCAAUAAAAGAAUAAACUUUUUGCGGGCCGUCUGCGGCCUUAAGUGGGGAGCGCAUCCUACCAUCCUUAAGAUCCUUUAUGUUACUACGAUUCGUUCUGUACUGGAAUAUGGUUCCUUUGUUUUCAGAGGAGCCGCUAAGACACAUCUCAUUAAAUUGUAUCGUAUUCAGUGGCGAGCUCUUAGGGUAUGCCUUGGAGUAAUGGUUUCCACACAUACGGGGUGUUUAGAAAUUCUUGCUGGCUGUUGUCCACUUCAGUGUAGGUAUAUGCAGCUCUCAACGAGAUUUCUAGUCAGGUGUGCUGAUAGACAUCCCUCUCUCUUACAUGAUUUGCGUAAUUUGCGACGGCGUAAACCUAGCAACGCGCUGUGUGAAAUUCUCGAAACUCUAGAGCAGGUGCAAUGGUCAGAUAACUGCGUGAUGAGAUACGACGCGUACACAGAUAUCCAGCGACCCUCUUUUGUGGUCUGCCUUGAGAUCUGGGAUAGGUUGAGGGAUAUCCCAAAAGAUCUUUGGUUUGUGUAUGCUAAUGUCAUGGCUUCUGAUAUUCUAUCACGGUAUGACAAUAAUAUUCACAUGGUAAUAUAUACAGACGGGUCAAAAACGGAUCGAGGGGUCGGCUCUGCUAUCUGGGAUAGUGGCCUGGAUUACGAAGAAUGGAGGGCGGUGAACCCUGUUUCCUCGGUUUUUACGGCUGAGCUAGUCGCCAUUGAUAUGGCACUAAAUAGGGCUUUAAGCGUUGAGGCGGUUGGGUCUAAGGUAGCUGUAGUUACUGACUCGUUGUCUAGUGUACUCGCUAUAAAAAAUUUCAAGCCCUCUCCGGAUACGCCCUGCUUACUAUCCAAGGUAUUACUGGAUAUUAAAGCUUUAAAUACAGGUGGGAGAGAAGUUCAUUUUGUAUGGGUGCCUUCGCAUGUCGGGAUUACUGGGAAUGACAGAGUGGAUUCGUUGGCUAGGCGGGGUGCCUCUGAGCCGUGUGAAGAGCGAAUCGCUUAUAGUAGGGAGGAUCUUUUCCUCUCUAUUAAUAGGAUAGGUCUAGAGAGAUGGCAAGACCAAUGGGUAAAUGAAACCAGAGUGUAACACUUGCCUUUUCAAUUCUACCGGAAUGCAGGAGAAAUCCAUGGUUUCUAGGGUUGGAGAAUGUUGGUAAAGAAAAAAUAUACUUUAUCAACAGGAUCAUAAGCAACCAUUUCAGGCUUAAUGCCCAUUUGGCCAGGUUUAGUAUAGUGGAGAGUAUGUUAUGUGAUGUUUGUAAUUUAUAUGAAGAUGUUGAUCAUGUGCUGUUUAUCUGUCCUAAGUAUGUUAGUGGGAGAGAGGAGCUUGUUAUUGCGUGUAGUGAAGUCUGUGAUAGUCCUUUUUCUAGGGACAUUGUGGCACUAGCCAUUGAACAAAGGAGAUUGGGACCGCUGAUGGGAAUCGCAGAUUUCCUGAAACGGAACAGAAUCUACCUAUGAGGCUACCGGUGUGCCUUAAGACUGCAGUCUAGUAGUCCCCUUUGACUACAGACUUUCUAAUUCGGGUGGGAGGGUGGCAAAAAAAAAAAAAAAAA